AUGCCCGCGAACUCGAACGACGUCUCCAUCACAAGCUCUACUCCUCUCCUGAACUUCGAACGCAAAGAACCUGGGCUACCGGUAUGGGAGAGAUAUAAGAAAGCAGUUGCGGUGGAGAGGCAGGAAUUGGGGGAUUAUUCUACGACUACCAUGACUGGCGUGCUGACUUUCGCCGGUCUCUUCGCUGCGACUGUGGCGGCAUUUUUAAUCGAGAGCUACAAGAUGCUAUCACCUGAUUCAGCAGCGCAGAGCGUGACGCUCCUCUCGACGCUCAUAUCCGCCGUCAAGGCCAAUGACACAGAAUCUAUCAAUCCCGACCCAGCACCCUUUCUCCUCUCGAAUACGUCGUUCUACGUGAACAUCCUGUGGUUCGUCGCCCUCGUCGUCUCCCUUGUGUCUGGCCUGCUUGCGACGCUGGUGCAAGAAUGGACGAGGGAUCUGAUUAGAGCUCAGGCCCGUCUGUCGGACGUACAUGUUGAGGCGAAAUGCAUCGAACAUCUGGGCCUAUACAUGGGCGCAGACAACUAUGGCUUGCACAAUUUUCCGUCCAUCGUCAUAGGCCUCAUGCACGCUGCAGUCAUACUGUUCUUGGUCGGGCUGGACAUGUUCCUCUUUCCCAUCAACAGGGACCUUGCCAUUGUGCUCUCUGCGGUCUCGGGCGCCUUUGCAGCCGCCUAUAUCAUUGCGAGCGCCUUUCCUAUCUACGACGAGACGUGCCCGUAUCGUACGCCCAUGACGGACGUCCUCUACAUAUUCUUUGUCAUACCCUACCGGGGCCUGCGCAUGCUAAUGGCAUACAUCGUAUACUCCACAAGUGCUGGGAUGCACAUCGUCAAGGAGGGUCCUCUCGACGUUCAGACGAAACGAUUCCUUAACCCUCUGAACUUCUACGCCGUGAUGUCAGACCCGCUCACAUCGAAGAGAGCUUGGCGUGGAGCGAAGGUGUAUGCCGCUCGUCGCAAGACAGACAACAAUACGCACUUUGUCCCGUACAUCACGGAAGUCAUUCGCAGCGGGAUCAGUGACGACGAAGACCCUGCGCUCCUAGCUCCUGGGCAGCUCGUGUUUGUCUGGGAUCGGAUAUGGGAAUAUGCUUUGGACCACCCGUCUUCUCUUCACUAUUUUGGCGGGGUCCUUGCGUAUGCGCGGGAACCCGUCAUCGACAGCAUGUUCACGGGAUGGCGGAAUGAGCCGACUUUUGUCGCCAAAAUCGCUGCCUCCCUCGAUGACGUGGCCUCACCUUAUUUCGCGUCUGCGGCUUUACGCAUGCUCCAACUGCUGUUGGAAGCCGACUCGCCUAGUGAUCAAAUCGCGCAGGCGAAAACGGGCGGGACGUGGAGAUGGUAUUGCGUUGAACCGAUCUUCGAGGCCUUUCCGCGCCUGGCCGCGAAGCUCGACGUAUUCAUGGGGCAGGCGCUGGAGGAUAAGGACUCUACUCUACCCGCCGCGCUUGCCAGCUUCCGUCUCGCACUCUUGCGUCUCUUGACAACCACCGCUGUGGAGCCCCCGGACGGUGGCUUGUCGGACGGAAGAAACUUGAUCAAACUCGUCUUUCGAGAACUUCAGCGCCAUAGGCAUACCAAGCUAAUGCCCCUGGCUGCAAACGAAACAGACAAUGUGGAGGAUCUCUUUGACGGCGCACUCAAUCCUCUCUUGGAGUUAUCGUCUCGCAACGCCCUGACAUUGCUUAACGCUGCUAAGAGCUGCGACUGGUAUGGCCCUUGGACCAACCCCGAUGAGCGCUUCCUCCCCAAGAAGGCUGUCGGCACGUUCGAGUGGCCUUUGAUGAACGCAGGAGCCGUUGCCGAGCGCCGUCGUGAAUGCAUGUACCCUGCCUCUACCUGCUUCCGCGACCUCUUGAAGGAUAUCGGCUUGGCCGGAUGGCUACAGCCUGGAUCUCAAUUUCCAGACCCCGAAUCUGGAGCCUUCGACCCAUCUUUUCAGGUGGCUAUCAGGGCGCUUCGCGACCUUGCAAGCUUGGUCAAGAUGGGCACGCAGCUCUCUGGGGACGCUUCCACCGAGCCCGUGAACCCCAAGCAUGCGGCCCUGGAGAAUGCAUCUUUCGAUCCCAUACAUGCAGCACAAGAUCCUUCUGAGCCGGCGCCCUCCCACGGGGAUCCCCUCGGGCUAACGUCCUCCGAGGUAAAUCCUCUUGACCCGCCGCCCUCUGAGGGAGAUCCCGUCACACCAUCGCCUUCUAUGACAGAUACCCUUCAAUUACCGCCCUCCAAACCGACAUCAUCUGUCGAACCGACACCCGCCACAGAGCCAGCGCGCGUUCAGGCUCAGGAGUCCGUCGCUCCAGUACUCCGUCGCCGUUACGAGCGUCCGGUGCCUCGUAAUGUGACGUCGAACAGCAUGUAUGGCUUACUCGGCAGGAGGAAGACGGAGGGGGAUGUGGGCAACAUGGAGCUACACGCUCUUCGCGCCGGAUCUGCGCAUCCCGUCCUUGGGUUUCCGCUCAGCGGCUACUCCGGCUAA